AUGUCAUCAGCACUUUACCGCCAGGCCUUCCGCGCAGCCGUAGGGCGUACCGCAAGACCUUUGUCCGCAAACCGCCUAAUUAGCCGCUCAGUUGCAACUAAGCAAGCCUCCCCGGGUGCCUCAUCAAACGUCCGCGAGCCGAUCUCCUCCGAUCCUGAAAGCCAGACCGUUAACAAAGCCCGUGGUCUCGAUUCUGAAAACAGCCCCGACUCAGCCUCAUUGGCGAAGCCCGUCAGCAACCCCGAAAAUGAUAAGAUUGGAUUGCAGGAGGAGCCGCAGCCUAGCCAGGAGAAUAUGAAGAAUGACCCGAACGCCCCAGCGGCACAGAAGAGGGCAAACGUGGAAAAGGAGGGGAAAAAGCCAUUGGAUCCGGCUGACAAGCCCUAA